AUGAACCCUGAAAAACCCAGGAAAGAGAACCCAGUAAAAAUACACUCUGCAAAUAAGAAAAAGGAAAGCUGUGAUGAGAUGUUUGCAAAUGAGAGCAAUGAAUACAAUGCAAGCAAAACAUGUAAAGGUGACAACGAUUAUGAAAAGGAUCAGGUUUCCUCUGGUUCUAACAAUAAAUUGGAUGAUCACCUGCUUAAUGGGACACUUGAAAUGCUGGCUUCAGGAACAGAACUUGAACAGAAGAAUGAAUUUGAGAGGGAGAUGAAUAUAUCCCAUGGCAAAAAAAUGUGGCAAAGCAGCCAGCGAACCAACAAUUUGCCUGUUGUGAGGAGCGGAUCAGAAACUCUUGUGAACACCGAAAUGAGUGAUCAGUAUGAUUUACUGUUUUACAAAGAGAAGCAUCUGUUCUUUGAGAAGUUCACUCAGUCACAAAUUGAAGAAUGUAAUGAGAUUAUUACAUAUGCUCCCAAGGGCGAGGAACAUGCUAAGUAUGUUAAUGCACAGCCUCCUUUUGGGACUUCUCACAAACUGUUCAGAUGUCAACAAUGUGAUUAUGCCACUUACAUUUUUAGCAACCUGAAGCUGCAUUUUAGAAUGCAUAGUGGUGAAAAACUAUUUGAGUGUAAAGAAUGCAAAAAGAGGUUUUUCAGCUCCAGCCAUUUGCAGAGACAUAGUCUUAUGCACAUAAAAAACCAUCAUGAAUGUGACCAUUGCCAUUAUUUGUGCAACACUUCAGACCACCUUAAGUUGCACCGUGAAAUACAUAAGAGCGCCUGUCCUAAAAGGGAAGAUCUUAAUUCCUCAAAAGACUUAAAGCAUGUCCGUUCCAUAUUCCUCUCAAAAAACCUUCAGAAACAGAUGGAUGUUCAUGAGGGCAAAGAAAAUGAACAUGUUCUGCCAUCAAAAAGUCUUUCACAACUUCACAAGUGUGAACAAUGUAAUUACAUGACUUAUGUUUUAAGCAACCUCAAGCUACACACAAGGAUUCAUACAGGUGAAAAACCCCACAGCUGUGACACCUGUGAGAAGAAGUUUCGCACUUCAAGUCAUCUAAAUCGACACAAGCUUGUGCAUUUAAAGAUGGAGCGCCUCAAAUGUAGGAACUGUGACUAUUCAGCAGACAAAUGGCAAUCCCUUAAGCAGCAUUUGGCUUCACACUCAAAUGAAAAAAAUCUGGCUAGUAGUAAAGUUCAAGAGAAAUCACUUCAGAAUAUACCUGUCAAAAUAUACAAAUGUGAGGAAUGUGGCUAUGCUACUGCCCAUAGUGGAAACUUUAAGCAGCACUUGAGAAUUCAUACAGGUGAAAAGCCAUACAAAUGUGAUCAGUGUGGUCUUGCUUUCCGCACUUCUAGCCACCUGAAGCGCCACUUACUAACUCAUUUAAAGUUACGCUGCAACAAAUGUGAGUUUUCCACCAUGGAUAAAUGUGCUCUGGAGAAACAUGUAAAAACACACCAAGUUAAAAAAGCAUACAAAUGCUAA